AUGGAGUUUUCAAAAGAAGGUGAUCUUAUUAUAGGAGGAGUAUUUUCUAUAACCAGUACUCGCAAACUGAAGGAUAAUGGCUACCAGGCUUUGCCAAAUGCAUACUGCACACGGUGGAAUACCAGGGAAUUGAAAUUUGCCAGAACAGUAAUUUUCACUGUGGAAGAGAUAAAUAGAGAUACUAAGCUUCUUCCUGGAGUUAGUCUGGGUUAUAGGCUGUUCAAUGGCUGUGGGAGUGCAAACCUGGUACAAGCAGCUGUCGAAGCUGUAAAUGGAGACGACUCAAAAGGCUGCAGAAGUCACAUCCAGGCUCUCUUAGGCCAUUCAUCUUCUGGAGUGAGUGAAGACAUAAACAGCAUACUAAGCCCACUAUCCAUUCCACAGGUAAGCCAUCUUUCAACCUGUGCUUGUUUGAGUGACAGAAGACGGUACCCCUCGUUCUUCAGAACUGUGCCAAGUGACCACUUCCAAAUCAUCGGUAUUGUGCAGCUCAUGAAAUAUUUCGACUGGCGCUGGUUUGGGAUUAUUUACGCUAACUCUUUGUACUCAGAACAAGGAACCGCUCAUCUCAUUAGGGAAGCAAAAAAAGAGGGGAUAUGUGUUGAAUACACAUUACGUCACUCAAGAAGGCAGGUGUAUGAUUUGGCGAAGACAAUAAGGGAAUCCUCGUCAAAUGUGGUCCUGUUGUUUAUGUCUUUGUCUCUUACCAAAUCGUUACUGUCAAAAAUGGAUGGAUAUAACAUAACUGGAAAGCAGUGGCUAGGUAGUGAAUCUUGGAUCACACAGGUAGACCUAGCUUCUGUCAAGAGAAAAAACAUUUUGCAGGGGGCAAUGGGCUUUGCCCUGCCUCAGUCAUCUAUACCAGGUCUUGCUGAAUUCUUGCUCAACUUUAAACCUGCAGAUGAACCAGAAAGUGCUAUGGUUAAAGCAAUGUGGGAGAUGUUUUUUGACUGCACCUUCUCAUCAUCAAAUAUCUCUACUAUGUGCACUGGCACAGAAAAUCUCAGGACUGUCUCCAAUGACUACACAGACGUGACACAAUUCAGGGCUGAGAAUAACGUGUACAAAGCUGUGUACUUGGUGGCAUAUGCUCUUCAUGCACUAUUGCAAUGUACAAAUGGCUCAAAUCCCACCACAGGAAAGCCCUGUGUAAACAAGAAUGAAGUUGAGCCUAAGCUUGUGUUGGAACACAUUAAGUACGUGAACUUCACAACAGAGAAUGGAGCGAAGGUUUUCUUUGAUGAAAAUGGAGACUCAGUUGCUCAGUAUGAAUUAGUUAACUGGCAGAUGAAAGAAGACGGCUCUGUGGAUAUUGCAAAUAUCGGUCAAUAUGAUACCUCUUUUCCAGAGGGGGAAAAGUUCAAACUAAAAAAGAACACCACAAUUGUUUGGGGAGGAAACAAGAAUAAGGUCGUAAGGUCUGUCUGCAGAGAACCAUGCCCACCAGGGACUCGUAAGGCCAUGAAUAAAUUGAAGCCUGUGUGUUGCUUUGACUGUUUUGAGUGCCCUGAGGGAACAAUAAGUAAUGAGACAAAUUCCCCUGAUUGUUUGAUCUGUUCACCUGAGUUUUGGCCAAAUGAAAAUAAAGACAAGUGUCUUCCGAAAUUGACUGAAUACCUGUCUUACAAAGAAAUCAUGGGUGCACUUUUAACUGGAUUUGGCUGUGUUGGCGUUUUUCUAUCUCUUCUGACAUCAGUCAUAUUUUUGACUCACAAAGAGACUCCUAUUGUGAGGGCCAACAACUCUGAGCUGAGCUUCCUGCUGCUCUUCUCCUUGACUCUGUGUUUCCUGUGUUCUCUGACCUUCAUCGGUCGGCCCUCUCAGUGGUCCUGCAUGCUGCGACACACAGCAUUCGGCAUCACCUUUGUCCUCUGUAUCUCUUGUGUUCUGGGGAAAACAAUAGUGGUACUAAUGGCCUUCAGGGCUACACUUCCAGGCAGUAAUAUGAUGAAGUGGUUUGGGCCUGCCCAGCAGAGACUCAGUGUUCUGAGUUUCACUCUCAUUCAAGUUGUGAUUUGUAUUAUUUGGCUGAUAAUGAAUCCUCCAUUCCCAAAUAAGAACAUGAAGUACUAUAAAGAAAAGAUUAUUCUCGAGUGUGCUUUGGGUUCAGCUGUUGGAUUCUGGGCUGUGUUAAGUUAUAUCGGACUACUUGCUCUCUUGUGUUUUGUACUUGCUUUUUUUGCUAGAAAGCUACCAGACAGCUUUAAUGAAGCCAAACUGAUAACAUUCAGCAUGUUGAUAUUCUGUGCCGUCUGGAUCACUUUUAUCCCAGCUUAUGUCAGCUCUCCUGGGAAGUUCACUGUGGCUGUGGAGAUAUUUGCUAUUUUGGCCUCCAGUUUCAGUUUGCUAUUCUGUAUUUUCUUCCCAAAAUGUUAUAUUAUUAUCUUCAGGCCAGAACAAAACUCAAAAAAACAUUUGCUGGGGAAAACCACCACGAACACUUUAAACUAUAUUCAAAUGUAUACUCCAAAACAAACAGCCUUAGAGUUAUUCCUUAUAAUCCAACGUUAG